ACCAGCUUGACUAAUCUGCUCAGGAAUUUAUUCAACACACAGACACACACACACACACACACACACCUUCUCUCUCACUCACACACACACACAACGUCUGUAAUCCACUUCCAACUUUUGUCCGGACACUGCGAGUCACACAAAUCCCUUCUGAUUCUGCGGGCCUCAAUCACAAGGAGAUAAUAUUGGAUCAGGAAUGGCUUCAAGUGUUUUCCCAUUCUUGUUCCUGCUUGUGAACGCACUUCCUCUGGCCGCACCAGAAGGCCCAGCCCAGCCUGAGAGGGCGCCUGGAGUCCCAGCCCAGCCUGAGAGUGCGCCUGGAGGCCCAGCCCAGCCUGAGAGGGCGCCUGGAAAGCUCCUGGUGGUGCCCAUGGACGGGAGCCAUUGGGUGGGGAUAAAAGCUGUGGCUGAAGAGAUGAGCCGCAGGGGCCACAGCGUCCUGGUGGUCAUCCCAGAGGUCAGUAUGAGGCUGGGCCCUGGGGAACACUUCCAGACCCUCACCUAUCCAGUGCCCUACACUCAGGACACAGUGGACGAGCUGCUGGACCACCACGCACAGGGCCUGCAGAGCAACACAGGACCCCUGCUGGAAAGAAUGGGUAAGGCGUGGACAAGGGUGAAGAAGAUGUCAAACUUCAUGAUCGUCACCAGUGAGAGUCUCCUGUUCAAUGAGGAGCUGGUAACCUUCUUGAGGGAGCAGGAAUUCGACGCCAUCCUCACCGACCCAAUGAUGCCGACCGGAGCCAUCCUGGCGCACGAUUUCUCCGUGCCGGCGGUCUAUCUGCUGCGGGGCAUCCCAUGUGGAUUGGACCUGGUGGCGGCAGCGUGCCCCAGCCCCCCGUCAUAUGUGCCACGCUUUUUCACACGCAAUACGGACCAAAUGAGCUUCCUCCAGCGUGUGGCCAACGUCCUGGUGGCCUCGCUGGAGCCUGUCUUCUGUAAGGUCCUCUUUUGGCAGUUUGACGGCGUGGCGAGCCGCUUCCUGCACACAGAUAUGACCGUGGCAGAGAUUCUCAGUGGCGCCUCCGUGUGGCUGCUGAGGUAUGACUUCACCAUGGAGCUGCCAAGACCACUCAUGCCCAACAUGGUGCUGAUUGGAGGGAUCAAUUGUGCCGUCAAGAGACCGCUGACAGAGGAGCUGGAGGAGUUUGUGGAAGGUUCCGGAGAGCAUGGCAUUGUGGUCUUCACGUUAGGCUCAAUGGUGUCCUCCAUGCCAGAAGAGAAAGCAGCCAUCUUCUUCUCAGCGUUCAGCCAGAUUCCUCAGAGGGUGCUAUGGAGAUACUCUGGUCCUGUCCCUGAUCAUAUGCCAGAGAAUGUCAAAGUGAUGAAGUGGUUGCCACAGAAUGAUCUUCUAGCCCAUCCCAAAGCCAGAGCCUUCAUCACUCACGGAGGGACUCACGGAAUCUAUGAGGGAAUCUGCAAUGGUGUUCCCAUGGUGAUGAUGCCACUCUUCGGUGACCAGAGUGACAACGUUCACCGCGUGGCAAGUCGAGGGGUGGCUGUGGUCCUCAGCAUCUUUGAUGUCGCUUCAGAAACCCUUGUAGACGCAUUGGAGAAGGUCAUCAAUGACAGCAGUUUUAAGGAGAACAUGCAGAAGCUGUCGGCCAUUCACAACGACCGGCCCAUUGAACCCCUGGAUCUGGCCGUUUACUGGACAGAGUUCGUCAUGAGACACAAAGGGGCAGAGCAUCUGCGCCCAGCCGCCCACCAUCUCAAUUGGAUCCAGUACCACUGCUUGGAUGUGAUUGGCUUUCUGCUGGUUGUGGUAGCAACCGUCGUCUUGGUGAUGAUUAAGUGCUGCACGGUGUGUCUACGGAGGUGCUGCAGAGGUUCACAGAAGACAAAAGAGGAUUGAGAGUCUCCAAAAACACUGAGAGUUCGACUGGAAACAUGCACUGAAUGGAAACAUUUGACUACAUGCUUUACUGGGCCUGUGCUGAAACAAAAACGCGUCAGACAUUUUACUGGAGUUGAGUCUUGAGGAGACCGCACACAGACCAGCUGUUUAAAACAACAAAUUCAAUGGCUUCAACGGCUGCACAAUAUUGUGUGCACUUCUUACCUGGUAAAUCUCUUAAGAAUAUAUAAACAUAAUUGAAAUAAAACCUUUAAACCACUCAUUAUUUUCUCAAGAUUUACAUUUCUUUUUAACUCUUGCCAGUGACACCUUGGUCCUAAUGCCAGCCCUUUUUCGGCUGCAAGAUUGAAGAGGCCCCCCAUUAUAUCUUUGAAUGCAAUGCAAUUUAUCAUUGUUAUUGUACAUGCUGGCUACCAAAUGAAAGAUAAAAAGAGACUAUAUUGAAGAUUGUUAUGUAUAGUUUCCUUUUUUGAAAAAGUAUAAAAUACGGUGCAGUGUAACUUAGACUAAAACUUGUAUAUGACUUUACUUAUAUAAAAUGGAUGCAAGUUUGA